CUAGACGCCAAUGCCUUGGAAAUGCCUGCACCAGUCAGGAGAGUGAGGCUUCAAGCUGCAAGUUCAUACACUAAAUUAGGAAUCCUCAUUUCUGAUUCCCUGCGAAACCGGUAACUGGUAGGAUGCUCACAGUCUGCUAGUUGUUUUCAAAGGAGCCACAAGAGCUUUAAUUGCUGCUUGGACCUAGCGGUGAGUCUAAUGGAAUGGUUUGGGCGAACCCCAGGUAUAAGCCAAUGGAGGCGUUCUGCAUGGAGAGGAAGAGGCAGAACCUUCUUUUGGCCUUGCAAGAUCAGGGAUAGCAGGACGUGAGUGUCUCCAUGAAGCGGAUAUCAUGUUUUUUAUUAGGCAGAAACUCUCAGGUAAUGGCCCUAAAUUGCAGGUAUUGAUGUAUUGAUGCCUCUGUGUGUCCUGGUUCCGUGUUGGGAAGCGUCACCAUGUUUAUCGUAGUAGGAGGUGGAAGAGAAUCGUAUUUGUGACUAUUUCCCCUACUAGAAAGUGCACUUCUAGUGUAUUUGGAAGAUAUGGAAAAGUAGUAGAGGAGAAACCUCAUAGAUUCCCACCUUCAAAACAAUUACCAUUAACUUUUUGAUGCAUCUUUUAGAGAUUUUGCUGUGCCUACUUUUAACAUUGCUUAAAUCUUAUGCGCCUGAAAUGAAAAACACUAUCAUAAACAUUUGUAUGUUAUUGUAAACUUUCAUAACAUUUUUAUGAGAAUAUUCUCUUAAGUGGUAGAGUAUUUAAUUCCACUUUCUGUUGACAUUUGUGUAGUUUCUAACAUUUUGCAGGUUUAAUAUUUUGCUUACCAUAUUUGUUAAUAAUCGUACUUGCUCGUAAGCCAUCCUGUUCCAAACAGCACAAAGCUUUACCUAAAUUUCUGAGUAACCAGGAAUCUGCUGCCCUGGGCCAGAUUUUUUCUCUUUUUCCAGCUUCCUAGAUGAGUUAUCCAUUCCUGUGGUUAGGUGUUUCAGCACUGGAUUCUCCUCUGAGUUUCAAAGCAACAAAACCACCUGCUUGGUAAAACACCCUUAGUGUGAGAUCUUCCAAACUUAACCUGUUGUCUUCCUUUAUCUCCGACAAUCCCUUCCGCAGACAGUCUCAGUAUCAGUAGCAUCUGACUGUCCAAGCAAGAAACACAAGAGCCAUUUUACAUUCCUCCCUCUUUAUUUUUCCUGUAGCUAGUCUGCUACUACAUGGAGGAAGUGGAAAAAUAUGCUGUGCAGACAAAUCUUAGAGCUCUUACAAUAUACUAUAUCCCCCCCAAAUAGAAGAGUUCAGGAAGUCCCCAAGGCACCUUCACUUCUGACACCAGCUGCAAGUUUGGGUGUCUCCAAGACUGCCUUUUAAAAGUUCAUUAGAAGUAUUCAUAGAAUGCCGCAAAGCUGUUAUACUCACGGUUCCAGUUUAUUACGGCAUUUUAGGAGAAGGGAGUGGCAGCCGGCCGAAUGCCACUUGGAACUAAAAUCUCCCAGACUAAGCUAGUCUUAAAGGAAAUUUAAAAGUACUUCUUCCAAUGAAGUCAUGAACCCCUCAAAGUCAUGAGGAUUGGAACAAUGUCUUCUAAAUUCCUGUUCCUGUUGAUAUUUUGACUUCUUCCUAUCAACCAUGUAUGAUCUUACGGACAUCUAGAGUGGUGAGUCCUUUCCAGAAGGUUUUCAAAUUACUUUCCCAGAUCCAUCAGAGGAAUCCCAGUCAGUGGCAGCCAUAGCAUUAUGAACUGUAUUUCUUAAAUAGUAAGACUUGAAAGUUGAAAUUGCUCCUUGAUUCACGGGCUAUAGAAUGAUGUCUUGGCAGGCAUGGAAACAUUAAUCUUGUCAUAGAUAUCCGUUGGAGUGAUGGAAUACCAGAUACAUUGGUCCUGUGUGACCAGGUACAUUGUCAAUGAACGCUAAUAUUUUGUAAAAAAUCUUUUUUUUCUGAGCAGGUCUCAGCAGUGGGCUUAAAAUAAUGAGUAAUACAGAGAAUAGGCAGAGUACAUUUAACAUACUUAUUAAGGGCCCUAGGAUAAUCGGAAUGGUAACUCAAUAUUGGCUGCAAAUUAACAUCUCCAAAGCUAGGCAUUGACUUCUCCUCUCUAGCUAUGCAAGUCCUCGAUGGUGUCUUCUUCCAAUAGAAGGCUGUUUUGUCUAUAUUACAAAUCUGUUGUUUAGUGUAGCUACCACCAUUAAUUAUGUUGGCUAGAUCUUGUGGAUAACUUUUUGCAGCUUCUACAUUAGUACUUGCUGCUCUACCUUGCACUUUUAUUUUAUGCAGAUGGUUUCUCUCUUUAAAUCUCAUAAAUCAACCUCUGCUAGCUUCAGACUUUUCUUUGGCAGCUUCCUCACCCCUAUCAGCCUUCAUAGCAUUGAAGAGAGUUAGGGCCAUUUCCUGGAUUAGGCUUUGGCUUAAAGGAAUGUUGUGGCUGGUUUGAUUUUCUAUCCAGGCCACUUAAACUUUCUUCAUAUCAGCAAUAAGGCUGGUGGGGUUUUGUGUGUGUGUGUGUGUGUGUGUGUGUGUGUGUGUGUGUUUUACCAUUUCUGUACUCACUGGAGUAGCACUUCUCAUUUCUUCAGGAACUUUUCUUUUGCCUUCACAACUUGGCUAAUUGGCACAAGAGGCUGAGUCUUUUUAGGCUUUCAACAUCUCUGUCUCACAAGGCUUAAUCAUUUCUAACCUUUGAUGUAAGGUGAGUGACAUGGCUCUUCCCUUCACUUGAACACUGAGAGGGUUAUCGUUCACUUGAACAGUAUUGAACAUUGUAGGGUUAUGGACUGGCCCAAUGUCAAUAUUGUUGUGUCUCAACAAAUAGGGAGGCCUGAAGAAAGGGAGAGACACAUGGCAUGGCUGGUUGGUGAAGUCAAAACACAUACAAUUUUGCCAUCUCCUAUGGGUAGAGCUUGUGGUGCCCUAAAUGCGAUUCUAAUAGUAAUAUCAAAGGUAACUGAUCACACAGAUCACCAUAAUAAAAACAAUAAUAAUGGAAAAGCUUGCUGUAUUAUGAAAAUUAACCAAGAGCCAUGAAAUGAGCAAACACUGUUGGCAAACUGGCAUUGAUAGACUUGCUCAAUGCAGGGUUGCCACAAACUUUCAGUUUGUAAAAAACGCGGUAUCGGAGAAGUAUAAUAAAACAAGGUUUGCCUACGUUGUUCUUGCCAGGGCCCCAUUUAUAGGAACUUGGAUUCCUUUGGGAUCUUUAUAAGCAAUUUAUAAGGAGACAAAGGCUUACUAGUUUAAGAAUCUCAUGGUUGGUUUGUUGAUUUCAUGAUUCCCGACUGAACCCUUGGACAUGAAGCCGUAUGUUUUCAACCUAACUCAAAAUUACAGAUUUUGACUUGGCCCUCAUAAAUUAGAGGGAAAAUCUGUUCUGUCAUUAUGGUGUUUUGCAGCAUCUUCCUGGUUGUCUCUUCCCGUCAUUGUAAGGUGUAGUUAUCAAGGAAGUGUCAGUCUGGUCGUAUGGCCUUUCCCUUGAAAUAGAGAUGUUUGUUUUUGGAGGUUGCCUAUCUCUUCUUUGUGAGUUUUCAGCCUCCUGUGACUUUCAGGUGGGAUUCAACAUCAAUAGACUAGAUAAAUCACUAGAAUUAUGUAGAUAUUAAAUGUUAAGAGAGGAAAGGUGAGCUAGGGUCAACCAUUAAGAGUGCAGGAUAUUACUGGAUGAGUGGUUUCUUAAAAGGUAAGGAUAUCCAAGAUACUGAAGAAUAUAACGAGUCUCAUUUAGGACGAAAUACAUUCUUUAACCUUCAGAAAAAUGUGUUUCCAUUUCUUAUAUUUUCCUUACACAUCUCCUACUUUUUUUGCAUAUUGAGUUGCUUUCCAUAUUUCCAUCAGUCUUGACUGCAUUUAGAAGAAUUCUAAUGCUUAGAAUCCUUAGUCUCCAGUGAAAACUAAUUGAGUAACCAAUUGUGAACUGUCAGUGACAUCAGAAUUCCUUUUAUGGCAAACUUAUGAAUCAAUUAAGCACAGAGCAUGUUAUCCAAAUAUCCAUAUCCAAUAUCCUUAGUUUUCUGCAUUAGUCAAAAGCUCAAACCUAUUUUUUGUAAGGAAUGCUUCAGCAUUCCGUUUGAUUAGAAAAGGCCUAAAUAUCCAAUUAAUUUAAUCUAGUUUAUCGUCCAAGCAAAACAUUAACGUUUCAGGUUCUCAAAGACCCUGAAAGCUCACUUAACAAUUACCCAUGGCAACUUUGACACGGACCUAAUUAUUAUUUUAAGUCAUCUUUCUUGCUGACAAAUUGUAAUAGAGACAACAGAAGUUUAUUUGACCUUCAGUAGACCUAAGUAGACAAAGUUUUAUUUUUUAAUACUGAUAACUCUAAAGACAUGUGUAUCUUAUAUAACCAAAACUUGUAUUAGUUGAAAUACCGAAUAUAUUCCAUCUGUGUUCAUUUAAACGUUAAUCAAUUUGUUCCCCAUUUUCCAUUAUUUUCCUGGGACACUGGUGGGAAUCUGAAGUGGGAGGUCCAAGUGGGGAGCUCUUUGCUCCUUGACCUGAGGGUGGGAGUAGUUGGGAGCCAGUGGUACCUGAGGGACGGAGGAUGGUAUAGGAACCAGUUUGUAGGCUGCACCCAAGGUGAUGCAGAAACAGGAGGAAGGGGAAGGCUGAAGAGGUGAGGUUCUGCCAAGAAGCCCAGAGGCAGACAAAAGCCCAGAGGGUAGAGAAAGCGGUCUCCCAGUCCUAAAGUCUGUCAGCUUGAACAGAUGAGCAGGUGCAAUUUUUUUUUCCACCACCAAGUGGAAAUGGGGAGUCCAUGUCAGGCCAGAGAAGAUAGGGAAGUUCCUGUAGCAAAGGGGGUUCGGCAGCUGCUUGGGAAUAUUUCUAAAAGUCCCGGUCCUGAGGUAGCCUAACAAGAGACAGUUGGUUCUAAUUAUCAUCUGCAUUUUGUGGGAGCCUGCCAAAUGUCUUCUCUCCCAUCCCCAUCGUGGGCAUCAGGAGCAGAAUGAAGGUGAGCCCAAGUCCUUCUCUGUACUCUACAAGAGAUGCUUGAAAAUGAAAGGUUUACAAAGAUGGGGACCUGGGAGGUGAGCCAUGCCAAACUGUCGGCAAUGGAAGCCACCUUCCACUGUAGUUGGGAAACCUGUGAGUAGGACAGUCCUACUGGAAGUCACCCAGGUCACUCCUAGGAGGAUAUCCCAGGGAUAAGUCCUGGGCUUUUCCACCCAUUUCCCAAAGGGAGAGGCUGGCCAAGACAGAAAGAGGAGAAUUCCACCGUUACCCAAACUGGAGGUCAGGGAUCAGGUUCUGCCGACAGCCUUCAGGCAUCCACUAAAGAAUAGCCUUGGCCAGGAUUCAUCAGUUCCUGUUCGGCCUCCGAUUGAGGUUUUCCUCAAAGGAAAUUGGGAUUGCACGAUGCCAAUGUUCCCAACUACAUUGGGGGAUCAGAUGGGAGGAGACCAAGGAUCCUGUCACCAGAGACUUGAGAAUGGCAGCCUCGCUGUUCACUGUUAACUGGCUGAAGGGUGCCCGUUAGGUGGUUUAAGAGUUUUGUUGAGGAGAUAAAGAAAAGAGGGGGUGCUGCCUGCUCUUUCCUUACAGAUAGAAGAUGUUGAUAUCCCAGACGAGCCCCCAUAGUAAGGUUGCAGGGGUUUUUUUUUUACCACAGUACCCGGGAUUCGUUGUCUUGCCGCUUCAAAGAAUGAAGAGGUGGACGCAAAAUGUGUAACAGGCACAAGUUUAUUAGAGUAUAAGUUUAGAAAAUAAGAAUAGUAGGAAAACUCUCUUUAUAGAGAGGGGACAUUCAAAAGUGAAUGCCCGCAGACUAUAGGCAAAGAUCUUUGUUUUAUAAGGGUCUGGUUAGCACCCCCUUCCCUUCUCCCUCAUUCCUUCUCAGGUUCUACCAUUAUUGACUGGACAGCUGUAGGUGCUGGGUUGUCCAUUCCUGACUGGCUCAACUCCAUUGUGUGAGGAGUCAGGCUGGUUAUACUGUCCCCUGUAUGACGUAAGUUUUAUGGUUUAGCUAGGUAUUUUGAUUGGUUUAGCUAGGUAUUUUGAUUGUCAAAUUCCUGACGGGAACCUGAGGGGGAGUAGGUGUGUCUCUUCCAUUCUUAAGAGGGACCUUAGGCCCGAGGGGGUUUGCUGUAGUCAAACACUUGCAGCAUUGUUCCCAAAUAUGUGUUUUUUCCCAUCUAGGGACCUCAGGUCCUAACCCUUCCCUCUCUGCCAUUUUAUCCUGUUUCACUACUAUAGUGGUGCCCUUCCAUUUUGGAAUUAAAUCCCCUAUUUCUUAUUCUUUCUUUCUUUCUUUCUUUCUUUCUUUCUUUCUUUCUUUCUUUCUUUCCUUUUCUCCUUCUUCCUUCCUCCCUCCCUACUUCCCUUUCCUCCUUCCUUCCUUCCUUCCUUCCUUCCUUCCUUCCUUCCUGUCUGCCUGUCUGUCUGUCUGUCUGCCUGUCUGCCUUUUAAAUAAACCGGGUCUUCUCAGUUCUAGUAACUGUCAGAUCAGGUUUAGGGAGGACAUGGUCUGUGCUACUGUCACCAUUUCUCUGAAGUUUACCUCAAGUUGCCUAGUUUAGGCUACCAUUUAAAGCAAUCAGAACUAGAAUUCACAUCAAUAAAGGUAUGUCAUUGAAACUUUUUUUUCCUCUCUCACACCUUCAUUUCCAGAGAUAGCCAAAUGAAGACUAUUUUGCUUGUAAAACAAGUCUAAUUUUGAUUUGGUCUUGGGGCUCCUGGGUGGUUCAGUCAGUUCAGCGUCCAACUUGGGCUGGGGUCAUGAUCUCGUGGUUCGUGGGUUAGAGCCCCGCAGCACAGAACCUGGAGCCUGCUUCAGGUUCUGUGUCUCCCUUUCUCUGCACCUCCCUCACUUGCACUCUGUGUCUCUACUCUCAAAAACAAAUUAAAAAAAAGAAAAGAGAUUCCAAUGUAGAGGCUAGGUGAAUGUGCAUGUAAUGGUUAGCCUAUUAAUAUGGCUGUAUCCAGAGGUUGUGCAGUGUAAAUUCUUACCAGAGACUCUGUAUAAGGGCAGGUCAACAAGUAAGAAGGCAUGAGAAAAUGAGUGAGAGCUGAGGUAAGUAUCCAUCCCUUUCCAAAUUAAGUCCCAUGAUUAGAGUGUAAAUUUUUAUUUUUGCCCCUCUCAUAGCAUGAGGGAAAGAUCUCCCCAAAGUCUCCCUGUGUGCUUCCAGAAUGCUGACUCACUACCAGGCUUCACAGUGGAGUAUGUUCAUUAGACCACAGUUUCUCAAACUUUCUGUGGUGGAGGACCAGUUUGCUUCCUCCCCUGCUCCUCCAUCUACUGUGGGCUGACACUUUCAUAAAAUACAAUGUAAAUGAAUCACUGAAAAAAUGACACACAAAACAAAGACAAACAAAAUACAAACCUGAGAUUUAAAUUACUAGGUUCAAAUAUUCUGUCAAAUUGCAACAGACAAAAUACAUCAGUGGUAACCUAGUGUAGGGGCAGGAGGAAUGAGAAGACUGAAGGAUGCAUGAAACCUACGGGGAAAAGCUUCUUUUUUGAAUAAUGAAAAAGUUCUAAACUUGACUGUGGUGUCUGAAUGUACAACAUUGUGAAUACACUAAAAGCCACUGAAUUGUACACUUUUAAUGGGUGAAUUGUAGGUAGGGUAUGUGAAUUAAGUCUCAGUAAAGUGGUCUAAAACAAAAGAUUAUAGGAGCUUUAUUUAUACUUGCCAAACCUGGGAAGCAGCCAAGGUGUCCUUCCAUAGGUGAGUGGAUAAAUCAACUCUGGUUUCUCCAGACAGUGGAUAUUAUCCAACGCUAAAAGGGCAUAAGCCACUAAGUCAUGAAAAGACAUGGAAGAUCUUUAAAUGCAUAUUACUAAGUGGAAGAAGCCAAUCUGAAAAGGCCACACACUGUAUAAUCAUACGAUAUAAAAGUCUGGAAAAGAAACAACUCUGAAGACAGUAAAAAAUCAGUGGGUGCCAGGGAUAAGGGGGCAAGAUGGGAUGAAUAGGCAGAGCACAGAGGAUUUUAGGGCAGUGCAACUACUCUGUGUGACACUACAGUGGAGGACACAUGUCAUCACACAUGUUCAAGCCCAUAGAACGUCCAACACCAAGAGUGAACGCUAAUGUAAAGUAUGACUUUGAGUGAUAAUGAUGUGUCAGUGUAGGCCCACUGAUUGUAAUAACUGCCCCAUGCUGGUUCUGGGCAUUGAUAGUGGGGGGAGGCUGUGUGUGUGUGGUAGGGAGGAAGAGGGGCAUAUGGGAACUCUGUACUUUCUGCCCAAUUUUGCUGUGAACCUAAAACUGCUCUACAGAAAGAAAAAGAGGAGGAGGAAACAGAAGAAAGAAGAGGAAGAAGUCCCGAAUACCUCACAAGGCUCAGAAUAGUGCUACUGAACCAUGUUGUGCUUUGGCUCAACAUGCUUCGAGAGUGACCCCAACUUCACCUUCUUGUAUGGGUUGGGGUUGCUUCUUCUGUUCCUGUGCUACCUGAUGGGGAUUCCAUUUCCAACUGGGAACACCAAACCCAUCCAAAAGCAUCAAGGCAGAGCCAAGAGGAGGAGGAAAGGCGGUACACUGAAAGGUUGGAAAUGCCUUCAGAGAGAAGAGGAAGAGAUAAGGAAGCUGAUGAGUAACAGAAGGAGCCCCCUAGGCCGGCAACGUGAUACAAUCCACUUUCGUCAACUGUUAUGUCCAGACCCCUUCUGUGAGGUGUGUAAUAACACAACUGCUGAGAUCAAUCGGAUGAUGUACCCAGAGGCCCUCAAAGAUGCUACUUCCUUGGGUUCCACAGCUCCUGUGACUGACUCAUUGUUCACUUCAUCCCCUGCCUUCUCAGCAGACCCUCCAGGAGACCUAACAUCAGCUUCUCUGCCUGAGCCUUCCCUGCCACUUGCCUCCACCUUCCCACCUAACCCAAUGACCCCCUUGGCUGACUAUGUUCCACUCUCACCACCGGAUCACUCUUUGCCACCACAGCCUUGUCCUCCCUUGGAAUCUGAUUUCCCUGAGGACCAUUUCCCAGCCCAACCCCUUGCCGUUUCCCCUCUCCCACCAUGUGAUGCUCAGACAGCGGACCCUGUUGUUCAACCAGAGGCCAAAUUGUCUCUAAAUACCAUCUUCUCUCUUGGCUCCACCGUUUCCCAAGAUGUCAACUCCUUAUCGGAGUUGUCCCAGACAAAGAAUCCCACUGAGACCUGUGCUUGUCAUCAUGCACCACCAACCCUGUCUGUUUCACCACCACCAGACAGCACUUUAACUGUGGCUCAGUCUAAAUCAAUUUCCAUCACCUUGAAGCCUGUUCUGGAGAACUCAUCUCCAGAUGGCCCUGUUGGAUUGUCCACUCAUAUCCCAACAACCACAGGCAUUGACCAUAUCCCAACAACCACAGGCAUUGACCAUGCAAGCUUGUGUGUCUCAGACUUCUCUUGGUGGAAAACUCAUGCCAAAGACUUCUUCCCUUCUACCUUGGCUCAAUGUGAUUUCAGCCAAGAGAUUCUUGCCCUCCGUUCUGAGGCUUCUUCCAGGGGAGACCCUGUGGCCUACGUUGUAGAGCCUGGUAACCUGUCUUUCCUCAGCCCCGAAGUCCUGGCACUUCUGGAGAAACAAGUCCAAAAGAGGAGUGAUUUCUUGAUAUGGAAGGGAAAGAAGGGUUCUUUUCCAAAACAACUCAGGCCAGACUACACACUAAAUUCUUUGGGAAAAAUGUCAGAGUCAGUUGCUGCCCAGCCUGGCUUGGCAGCCUCCCUUCCUUUCUGGAAUAGCAAAGACAAAUCAAAGGAGCUGCAUGUGCAUCAGCAGCCCCCCUAUCCUACAACCUUGGUAGAGGUCCAUUUACAGCAAACACCUUUGCAGCUCUUCUGGGGUCUCCCAACUCUGCAUACUGAGUCUUUGCCGUCUGUUGCCCAUGUCUCAGAGGAUUGUUCCUCAACCUUUAUUUUCAAUAGAAUCUCUACCUCCACAGACCAGGAAUCCCCAGGACUUCCCUCUCCACUUCCUCAGGCCCUGCCUGAGAUCCAGCCUCAAUCCCUGCCUCAACCCCAGCCUGAACCCCAGCCUCAACCCCAGCCCCUACCUCCCACUCAAGUCCAGCCUGAGACCUACCUUCAAUCCCCACUCCCAAUAAUGCCAUCUAGUCCUCUACCCCAGAUUAAGAGCUGUGGAGUGUGUUUUCAUAGACCCCAGAAUGAAUUGGAGUCUCUCAUCCCCUCUGAAAUUCAAGACCUAGAAUGGAAUGUUUUGCAGAAGCAACAGGCAAGUUUGUGGGGUUUACCCGCUGUGGUUCAGAGAUCCCAUGAGGCCUUUUGUCCUUUGGCUCCUAACCUGUCUAACCGCUGGGCCUUCCAGGCCCAUGGUGCAGUCUCUAUCCUUCCUGGACAGUUUCCUCUCAGUGAUGAGCUUCGUAAGAAACUAGAGCAUCACCUCCGAAAGAGGCUCAUCCAGCACCGGUGGGGCCUUCCCCGCAGGAUCCAUGAGUCUCUAUCACUGAUGAGGCCUCCGAAGAAUUUUUCAAACAUACCUGAGAUGGGGCACUAUCGUAGACUCCAACAGACCUCUAAGAGUCAGAGUAGCAACACUCUAAAUGUUGGGUUGAGCCCAUCUGAAAGCUUCCAUGAGGGGGACUCAGAAAUGCUUCAGCUAGAGGACCCCUUUGGGAAGGAUCUGGGAAACAACCCAGAGAAUGGGCCAAAAGAUCAUCUGUUGAGUGACCCAGAGAGCUCUUCAGAUAAGGAUAUGGGGUAUGAUGCUGAGGAAGAACUUAUGAGCCCAUCCGAGAAUACAUCAAGGGCAUCUGUGGAGAGACUAGGCCAAAGGCAACUUGAAAAUGUCCUCAGAAUACAUCUGAGCAAAAAGUUGGAGGAAAUCAAUGAGGGUCAGCUCCCCGGGACCGUGCAUAGUUCAUGGCACACUAUGAAUCAGACAUUGCUUCAUCCUGAGAAAUCCCACACUGAAAUACAACAGAGAGUUCUGCCACCAUCAGUGGGUGGGGAAUAUUGCCUGAAUACCUCCCGGGAGCUUUCCUUCAUUGAAUCUAAUGCACAGCAGAUGCUGGAGUCCCAUAUUAAACAAUUCCAUCAUAGAAAGGUAGAGGGCCUUCCCCCUAAGGACCUUGAAUCCAUAGCUAUCUUUAAAUUGAAAGAGGCCCCAUCCCAGUCCUUAUCCCAUUCGAACCUUCCCCGCUCAACCAACCUGAUUUCUGAGGCCAACUCUAAAUCUGGGGACUUCAAGUCCCUUAGAGGAAGCUCUAAAUCUCUCCAUGGAGACAAAGUGGGAACAGCAAAUUCAGCCCCCAUCCUGGAUCAUUCUCUCCCUGCCACCUCAACUGUGGGCAAGGAAGGACAGGGAAUCCCAGCAAAAUCACCGCGUCCUAUCAAACAUGGGCUUGCAGAAAAAGUUCAGAAAAUGAAGGAUGGCAGACAGACUCUUCAACCUAUCAGACAUAGCACCAUAGGCAAAGCAAGCGAGACACAGACUGUGCCAGCCAACAGAUGGCCCUCAAAGCAGCCCGCAAGGCAAGCUGGCACCAGGCGUGAGCCAAAGGAUAAGACCGUAAAUCCCAGCGAUAGAGUCAAGAUGCAACAGGGCAAAAUGGUGGUGAAUCCAGAACCUGUUUCUGUGCCCAAAGUGUCCAGGGAGUUAUUCAUGGCUAUGGAGCUAGAUGGGCAUCAAUCAAAACCUAGAGAUAGCUUGACAACCAGCCAGCCAGGAAGCCCCCAAAUGAUAAAUGUGAAUGCAAAUAAGGACAAACGUACUAUGACCAUUAAAAGCCACCCACCAAACACAUCAAUUCCCCGAGAUCCCAAUUUAACAGAAAGCCUGUAUAAGGAAUUAAAACUUAAAUUGGAGCAAAGACAGCAGAGCUGGGCCCAGAGCAAAGACAACAACCUUCCCCCCUCGACUUCCAAGGCCUCCCUGACUCAUGACCAGGAGGACUCCAGUGGGGACAUGGGAGCUUCCCAGGUGCUUCACGUCCGUGUGCAGGACACAGGAAUUAGUACGGAACAGCAGCACGAUACAUGGGUCCCUAAGCAUGUCUUAAGGAAGCACCAGCACAAGAAUCUCCCACCAGCUACAGAGACAGUGAGCCCUCCGUGUUCCAAAGCACAAGAGUUUGGUGGAGGGGAUGCAGGGUUGGGGACAUCCCAGCCUAUAAGGAAGAGUUGCCCUCCUCGGGACGUGGCACUGGCGGAGAAGCCUGGGAGCCAAUCCUCCCGCACCCUAUCACAGAAGGGUCAGCCUCCCCCUGAACGCCUUUUCAGAAAAAAAGUGAAGGCUAUAUUACAAUGGCUGAAUCCUGGCAGAAAGUGCAAAAGACAAGAAAACUCCCAGGAAAAGGGCAUCCUGCCAUGUGUGCAAAGCAGAGGCAUGGUUCAAGGUAGAGCUGCCUUUACUGGGAGGACUGAAGCUCAGAAACUCAGGAAAGAUGUUGGGAAGUUCUUAGAAGAGAAGAUGGGGCACCGGCAUGCUACAGAUAGCGCCUGUCCUCAACAGCCCCUUCUGUCCUCAGCCAAGUUUGGGAAACCUCGGAAGGAAGCACAAGUGCAGGCCCAGGCACAGCCUGCCCAGGGGCCUCCUCUCAGCUACAGGGCUCCCUCCAGUAAGGAGAGAAAUACCAAGUCCUGUCACCAGGAAGCUGUCUUUGUGGGCCACAGCCAUUCUCCAAGUAUUAGACAGAUCAGGGACAAGGGCAGACACCCCCAGGAAGCUGUGGCCCUUAAGGGCCAGCUGUUGUGUCAGAACCAUCGCCUGUCUGUGCCCCACAGGGAGCCUGUGCCUCACCCACACUGCACCUGCAGGCAUCAAGCUGGCCAGGGGCCUCCAGCCACUCUCACCACUGCUAAAGGCACGCUAUACAGAGAUCUGUGUCUAUCAUUUAGACAGAAAACCCUUCUCCAGAAUUUCCAGAGGGGGAAAUUUCCCAGCCCGAAUCCCACAAAAUAAUCCCUUUGAUUCUCCCCAGUAAACAUUUCUCUAACAGUGA